GGGUUUUUCAAUUCCAAGUCAGAGACGUCAGGCCAGGCCAAAGAGUGGAUUUUUUUGUUCGUUUUCACACUAGGGCGACGUUUUUCAACUCCCAUCAAAAAAAGAAAAAGAUUUCUUCUAAUUUUUGUGUUGCAAAAGUUACCAACCAAAACCAAUCUGUUCAGUUUUUCUGUUUUUUUAAAUAAAUAAUUGAAAACAUUUGUGAUUUCCGCGUUGAAAAGAGUGAAGAAAGAAAAGAAAAAGAAAUUACCUAAACGCCUGACAACGACGACGACGACCACUUACUUCUCUAGUUCCCCUCAACCUCAGAAAGACCAAGACACUUUUUUUCUUUCUUUUUGUCUAGCAAUUAUUAAUUAAUAUACCUAAAAGAAGAACAAAAAUUGAACAUAGUUUUUUUUUAACUUACUUUGUCUUUUAUUGCUAAACCUUUUUUCCUUUCCUGAAUUUCAACAACUUCAACUUUAAGUGUUUGUGCCCGUGAAAACGAAUUUGGAAAAACCAUCAUUAUCAUCAGAGGUGUUUGGAUUAACCAGAAAAAUCCGAAAAAUUAUCAGAAAUAAAUACAAAAAUUAGAAGAAGGAGAAGAAAUAGAACCACCCGAGUUGCAAAGUAACCCACCACCACGAACUGACAUCAUCUGUAUUACAUUCAUAAACCGUAACAUUAGGAGCAAAUAAACAAAACAACAAAAAAAAAAGCAAUCAUGGCUCGAAAUUUAAACAAUCCAGCUUUGCAUAGGGAUUAUGGAGCAACAUCAUCAACAUCAAGCACUUCGGCCAUCACAAGUAUACCCGAUGUUAACUUUUCUGGCUUCAGUCCAACAGAGUUUAUGUCUCUGAGCGAUAAUAUCGGUUACAAUAUUAAUUCUGUGAUCUCAAGUUGGAAACAACUGGAUAAAGCUCUUAAAGUAAUUGGCACCCCAAGGGACACUCAAGCAUCACGUGAUAAAGUCCAUCAUCUACAAUCACAGACCAAUAUACGAAUCCAAACGACCAGCAAGGAUUUACAACGUCUAACAGCGGUAGUGAGACAUGCUGAUAAACAACAAAAACUCAAACAAGAAAAGUUGACCAACGAAUUUCGUCAAGUGGUGGAAAAAUAUUCAGAGAGUCAACAAAAAAUAGCAGCCGCCAUGAAGCAAGUUGUUUUACUAUCCGUAAAUAAUCAACAGCAAGAUGAUGAAUCGUCGAGCCAGAGAGGAGGUGAUCAGGAUAUUCUAAUUCAGCAACAAAAGAACACCGAGGCAAGUUUGCAAUUCGAGCAAAAUAUGUUGCUAGAUCAAGAGAGAAGAAUUAAAGAAAUUGAGUCUGAUGUAUUGGAUGUGAAUUCAAUAUUUCGAGUAUUAAGUAGCUUAGUGCAAGAACAAGGGGAACAAGUUGAUUUAGUGGAAAACAGUAUUGAUAUGACCAAUGCUGCAGUGAUAGACGGCGCUGCCGAACUAAGGAAAGCCGCUGAAUAUCGAGCAAGUUAUCGUCGAAAAAUUUUAAUACUACUAGCGAUCGCUGUGAUAAUAGGUUUAAUUGUGACUGGAAUUAUUGUAGGAAAGUUAAACAGUUAAAUUAAUAUAUUAUGUAUAUAUAUAUAUGUGUAUAUAAAUAUAUAUGUAUGUAUGUCUAACAAAAAUAACAACAACAACAACAACAA